AUGGUUGUGGGAAACUGCCCGUUUCUUGUGACGCCGUGUUCCGUUUGCGACGAACCUGAAUUCCCGUCGAGUGAUAGCGCCACAGACUUUGAGCUUCACAGAAGCAAAUUGCCCGAUGUGGUCUUCGGAUGCAUGGAUCCCGAUUACAGUGUGGCCUCUUACGAAUGCCACUACUGUUCAGCCAAGUUCGUUUCUAAACUGCAUCCAGUUAGUGCUGCAUUCCAGCUGUCAUAUUCCCGACGCCGUAUCCGGAUUGAGAACAGCGAUGCUUCUGCAACGAAGUCAAGUAAGAACGAAGUCAGAUAA